UCAAGAACAGAAAUCAUGGCUGGCUUAAUGGUGGGGGGAGCUCUUCUCUCUGGUUUGUUCAAUGUCCUCUUUGAUAGGCUUGCUUCUAAAGAGGUCAUUGACUUCUUUAAAGGAAAGGAAGCCAUUCUCCAAAACUUGAAGACUGUGUUGCUCUCCGCUAAUGUUCUACUCAACGAUGCUGAGGAGAAACAACUUGGAGACCACAAUGUGAAGAAGUGGCUUGAAGAUCUCAAAGAAGUAAUUUAUGAAGCAGACCAUGUGAUGGAAAAGAUCAACACUGAAGCCCUGCGACUCAAGAUGGAGAAAGAUGAAUCUGAAAGCACAGCAAGUAAGUCCUUGAAAUUUUUCAAAAGAAUUUAUAAUUCAUUUGAAAGAGCUGUGAAAUCUGAAAUAGAAGGGAUCACUAGUGCAUUAAAGGAUCUCUUAGCCCAAACGGAGUAUCUUGGUUUGAAAAAAGUUGAGCUGAAAACAACAUUACAUAGACCACCUGCACCUUUGUUAGAUGAUUCUAAGGUUUAUGGAAGGAAGAAUGAUAAAAAGGCUCUUGUUAAGCGAGUAUUGUGUGAUGAUGUUGGUGACCAUAGGAUUGUCCUAAUUCCUAUAAUAGGGAUGGGUGGUAUUGGCAAAACUACACUUACUCAAAGUGUAUAUGACGAUACCACUGUCCAAUCACACUUUGACUUGAAAGCAUGGGUAACUAUCUCCGAAGAUUUUGAUGUUUUGAAAAUAACUAAACUUAUUUUAGAGGCAAUCACUGCAACAAGUUGCGAAGCAAAGGAGCUAUAUCAACUUCAAAAUGAAUUGAAAAAUGCUUUGAUAGGGAAGAAGUUUCUUUUUGUUCUCGAUGAUGUAUGGAAUGAAAAUUAUUUGCUGUGGGACUCUUUGAAAAGCUCUUUUCAAUCUGGCGAUCAAGGAAGUAAGAUCAUUGUGACCACGCGUAACGAAGAUAUUGCUUUGAUGAUGAGGACGAUGCAUGUUCAGCCUUACGAGCUUAAAGAAAUAUCUUACAAAAAUUGUUGGAAGUUGUUUGCAGAACACGUCUUUGGUACUACAUGCUCCAAUGAGGUACAUCAAGACAUGGAAGAAAUCGGAAAGCAAAUUGUAAAAAAGUGCAAGGGUCUUCCUUUGGCUGUAAAAUCGAUGGCUGGACUUUUACGAUCUAUGUCCACUACUGAAGAAUGGAGACAUGUACUGCAAAGUGAUAUCUGGGAGUUGUCCAAUUGCCGUGACGUAGGAAUUGUUCCAGCUUUGUGGUUGAGCUAUCGAUUUCUGCCUCCUUAUUUAAAGCCAUGUUUUUCUUAUCUUUCGAUAUUUCCGAAAGAUUACAAAUUUGGUGAUAUUGGUAGAGAAAGACUAAUCUUAAUAUGGAUGGCAGAAGGUCUUUUGAAAUCUCAACCUGGAAAAAGAAUUGAAGAUGUUGGAUAAGAGUACUUGAAUGC